AUGUCAAUAUUUUGUACUGUCUGGGAGUUAAGUUCUGGCAAAUGUUUGAAGACGCUGAAAGGUCACAGUAACUAUGUGUUUUGUUGCAAUUUCAACCCACAGAGUAAUCUUAUAGUAUCUGGAAGUUUUGAUGAAAGCGUUCGAAUAUGGGAUGUACGAACAGGUAAAUGUUUGAAAACGUUACCAGCACACUCAGAUCCAGUAUCAGCGGUGCAUUUCAACAGAGACGGAAGCCUCAUUGUAUCCUCAAGUUAUGAUGGUCUAUGUCGAAUCUGGGACACAGCCUCCGGACAGUGCCUAAAAACACUCAUAGACGACGACAACCCACCGGUGUCCUUUGUAAAGUUCUCUCCCAAUGGCAAGUACAUCCUCGCUGCUACUCUGGACAACACGUUGAAGCUCUGGGACUACAGUAGAGGCAAAUGUCUCAAGACGUACACAGGGCAUAAGAACGAAAAGUAUUGCAUUUUCGCCAACUUCAGCGUCACUGGUGGAAAGGUAAUAUUAUCAAAAGUAUUUAAUUUCUUAUGA